AUGAGCAACCUGACUGAAGAGUUGGUUUCCUAUAAUCCAUCAUAUCCUGCAAAGUUAUACAAAACAUCGUAUGGAUUUGCUGUAAGAAGAACUCGCGAUGACACACAAAUAGUGAAGAUCGUUAUUAGAAAUAUGGAUGCUGUCAUUGCUACAUGUUGGAAUAGCUUUGGUAGUAAUUAUUUAACUGUGAUGUUUAAUGACGGAUCUGCAAGAAUCCAUGACAUAUUCAGAGAGGGGAAACUGAUGACAUUACUCCGAUUACAGGAUGGAUUUCAAAAAUGUAUGGAUACUGGUAUCUGGAGUAAACUAGAAGUGAGACAGAAACCUAAUGAGGGUGAGUUCGAUCGCGACAUUUCAGGUUUAAUGCCAUCACCUAUUAAAUUUGUUAAUAAUGCAGGACAAUUAGAGGUGGUACCAUAUGUGGUGACUCAAACCCAAUGGAGGAAUGUGGAUAAACCACUUGAAGUCAACGAUAUAAUCGAUAUUCAUAUGGCGCAUAAUUCGAAUACAGACGAAUAUUUAUUGAUGAUAAAUGGUGUUUAUAAAUUGACUAUCCAGCCAAACAGCACAGAUGAAAAUGCCUCCAAUCAAUUGCAUAAAAUAAUACAUCUUGAAAAGACUGCUAUAUUUCAUUGUUUCUAUAAAGAUAGGAAAACGAGUACAAUUGAUUUAACAACCCUUAUGGAAUCAACUCCACAUGUUUCACUUCUCAAUGUAUUAACAGAGAUGAAACAAUUGCAUCGUUACAUUGUUGACCAUUUGGAUAUAAUUGACAAUGAUCUUAAGAAACCAUUAGAUGACUUCCUAGAAGUGACCAAUAUUCUUAACAUAAAAGAUUUAUCAAAAUCCUUAAAAUCAUUUAUACUGUACGGUCUUAUGGCAAAAUCUCUGAACCAUUGGCUAUGUAAUGUUGUUGGUGAAAAGAAUUUAAAAAAAUGGAAGAGACUAAGUGAAACAAAAUACCAGAAAAUCAUUCAAAUUAUAAGUCUAGCUGUACUUCCUGCACUAGAAAAGUUGAGUCUAUUAAGCAUUCGUUGUGAGGCGUUAGUGGUUGCUAUUGCACUACCCGCAAGUGGUCAUAUGCAAGAAUUAGAGUAUUUUGAUUCUUUGAAACGCACCACAGCUGCACUUUGCAACCAAGCUCUGAAUAUAACACAGAAAACGAGUGAAGAGGAGAAGAAAUGUUCCGUAUUUAUUUUAUGGAUUCAAGACUUAAUAUUUGAAUGUGUAGAUGAAGAUUAUGUUCCAAAGCUAAAUAUUUGCGAAGAUGGCUCAGUUGUUCCUACCUUAAUGGAAAUCAUCGACCAGUUCUUUCAGGACACUACUAAGGAAAAAUCAACCGAUGGUACCGACCUCAGUAAAAAUUUACUAAAAUCAAUAAGUGAUACACUAGAGAACAUAGACUCUUCUUAUGUCAGAAAUAUGCUUUUGAAAACAAUGAAGAUAAGGGGAACAGCUAGGUCAUUUACCGAAAACUUUGAUGAAGACGUCACGAUUUUGGAUAUUUUUUAUUGUGCUAAAUAUCCGUUUUUGGUUUACCUGGUUGAAAAGAGGUCUAACACCCAAGACGUGAAAGCAAGUGUGAAAUAUAUUGGGACUGCUAAUAGCAUAAACUUGAGGACAAUUUCUGCAGCCAAGAAGGUAAAUUAUCCUUUGAGCAUAGAUUCUGCUUCUAUUCAAAAGGUUAAAUUUCUUUUUGAGAAGCAAAAUAACUGUUUAACUUUGAUUUCUACUAUUCAGUCGUUGGAUCAGAAAGUUUCCUACAUUAUGACAGAGGUAUCUAUUAAUCGCACUGGAGAUGAAAUCUCUUUAAAUUUUCUUCGCAAUGACACAACCUAA